GUCAGCCCGGACGUCCUAUCAAGGUUCCAGUUGAUGGAACAGUAUGCCGCUGCAGCCUACUGUCCCGAAAACAAUAACUCUCCUGGGACGCAGCUGUCCUGUCACGUGGGUAAUUGCCCUCGCGUUGAUGCUGCGGAUACAACUACUGCACUAGAAUUCGAGAAGUAUGUCACACGUACAGUCCAGUUUGUUGUAGUAUUGUUCACCCCUGGCACCGACACAACCGGCUUUAUAGCGAUUGACCGUACCAAUCGGCUCAUAGUUGUGGCGUUCAGAGGCACCGCGUCACUUCUAGGCUGGAUCAUUGAUUUUAGAUUCAAUCGCGUGCCCACUACCAUCUGCGACGGCUGUGAUGCGCACCAAGGAUUCUGGGAUUCCUGGUUAAGUGUUAGAGAUGGCAUCUUCAGCACUGUAAAGAAUGCUGUGGCCGCGAAUCCUGGAUUCAGUGUGGUUUGUACAGGUCACAGCCUCGGGGGGGCAAUCGCCAGUCUCGCAGCAGCGGAUUUGAGGAAUGCUGGGUAUAAUGCAACUUUGGUACUCCCCAAGAUACAGGGCCAUUCGGAAGAUUUGGCUGUUGCUUUUUACUGUCCUAACAAAGUCUGUAGUAUUCUUUCGGUGCGCCCCGUUUUGCUGACGCUGCGCUAA